AUGACUCGCAGAAACGUGGCCUGCUACUCAAUUCACACAGCUGGACUCGAUGUUCAGGAAGUUUAUUUCACACUGGUGGCUGAUGGUGCAGAGAAGAACUACGCCGAAACUUUCAAGGUUUUGAUAGGAAAUGAUGACAGGAACUCAGAAGUGAAGCAUGUUGUUUAUGGAGUGUUAACUAGAUAUAUGCGAUUUUUGCCAAAAACACACCAGGGUAGGAUGUGUAUGAGAACAGAGGUGUUUGGAGUAGAAAAAAUGUCAACUUGUAAUAACAAGCCCAUUGGUUUAGCCAUCGGCGGUGAAAUUCCAGACAGCAGCUUUGUAGCCUCAUCAGAACAUAAUUAUAAAUAUGUAGCUGAACAUGGUCGACUGAAUAACUAUAAGUCAUGGGGACCCAUGGAUAAUAAUAAUGCUGAUGACUUCCUACAAAUUGACCUGUUGUACGAGUAUAUCAUCUGUGCUGUGGCUACUCAGGGAAACCCCAAAAUUGUUGCACCAGAAUGGACUACAUAUUACAAGAUACGUUUAUCAUUUAAUGAUACCACUUUUGACACCUACAAAGAAAACAAUACUGACAAGAUUUUGGUAGGAAAUAACGACAGGAACUCAGAAGUGAAGCAUGUUGUUUAUAGAGUGUUAACAAGAUAUUUGCGAUUUUUGCCAAAGACACACCAGCGUGGGGUGUGUAUGAGAACAGAAUGGUAAAAUUCCAAACAACAGCUUCACUGCCUCAUCCUAUUUUAAUGAUGCUUACUAUAAACCCUCUUUUGGUCGCCUUAAAGGAAGUAAACGGGGAUGGGCUCCCAAGGUUAGAAGUAAAGAUGGUGACUACCUACAAAUUGACCUGCUGUAUGAAUAUGUCAUCUGUGCUGUUGCUACUCAAGGAGCUAAUGGUAUUAAUGAGUGGACAAAAAGCUUCAAGAUUCAGUUAUCAUUGGAUGGUACCACUUUUGACAUCUAUCAAGAAGACAACAAUGACAUGGUCUUUCCUGGAAACUCCAAUCAAAGUGGCAUCAUAAAAAACAGUCUUCAGGAAUUUGCAAGUGCAACGUUUAUCCGCUUUCAGCCAAUAGCAUAUAACAUUUGGAAGGUUCUGAGAGUGGAAGUUUAUGGAGUACUUCUAACUAAAGUUCCAUCAGAACCUCCUUCUGCCUUCGAGCUGACUGCAAGCACUUCUACCAGCAUUACAACUUCCUGGCAGAUACCACCAGUCUUUUCCAGGCAUGGAAGAACCAUUACAGGGUUUAAACUUUUGUACAAAAAGAGAGGUUCUGGUGGGUCAGCAAUAACCUUGACUAUAAGAAAUGGACCAACAUUGAGCAGAAGUGUUACAGGGCUUGAUAAGUACACAGAAUAUGAAUUUCAAGUGUUGGCUUUUACAUCUGAUGGUGAUGGAGCAAAGAGCCCUGUUGAGGUAGAGAGAACAAAGGAAGAUGUUCCUUCUCAAGCUCCAAGCAGCUUGACUGUAGCUGCUGUCACUUCUACAACUAUUACAGCUUCCUGGCAAUUACCACCAUUAGCUUCAAGAAAUGGAAUAAUAACAGGGUUUAAAUUGUUUUUUAAAGAGAGAGCUUCAGCAGGGUCAGUGACCACCUUGCUUAUCAAUAGUGGAUCAACAUUGAGAAGAAAUGUCACUGGGCUUAAAAAAUACACAGAGUAUGAAUUUCAAGUUUUGGCGUCUACAUCAGUUGGUAAUGGACCAAAGAGCCCCAGUGAGGUGGAGCGAACAAAGGAAGAUGUUCCAUCAGAACCUCCUUCUGCCUUCGAGCUGACUGCAAGCACUUCUACCAGCAUUACAACUUCCUGGCAGCUACCACCAGUCUUUUCCAGGCAUGGAAGAACCAUUACAGGGUUUAAACUUUUGUACAAAAAGAGAGGUUCUGGUGGGUCAGCAAUAACCUUGACUAUAAGAAAUGGACCAACAUUGAGCAGAAGUGUUACAGGGCUUGAUAAGUACACAGAAUAUGAAUUUCAAGUGUUGGCUUUUACAUCUGAUGGUGAUGGAGCAAAGAGCCCUGUUGAGGUAGAGAGAACAAAGGAAGAUGUUCCUUCUCAAGCUCCAAGCAGCUUGACUGUGACUGCUGUCACCUCUACAACUAUUACAGCUUCCUGGCAAUUACCACCAUUAGCUUCAAGAAAUGGAAUGAUUACAGGGUUUAAAUUGUUUUUUAAAGAGAGAGCUUCAGCAGGGUCAGUGACCACCUUGCUUAUCAACAGUGGAUCAACAUUGAGAAGAAAUGUCACUGGGCUUAAAAAAUACACAGAGUACGAAUUUCAAGUUUUGGCGUCUACAUCAGUUGGUAAUGGACCAAAGAGCCCCAGUAAGGUGGAGCGAACAAAGGAAGAUGUUCCAUCAAAAGCCCCUAGUAGCUUCACUGUUACUGCAGCUACUUCGAGAACUGUCACAGCAACCUGGCAGUUACUAACAGAAGACUCCAGAAAUGGAAUGAUUAGAGGAUUUAAAUUGUUCUACCAAAAGAGCGGCUCUGUAGGACCAGCAACCACCUUAACUUUUAACAAUGGAACGGCAUUGGGUAAAGAUGUCACUGGACUUGACAAAAACACAGAAUAUGAAUUUCAAGUUUUAGCCUUCACUUCAGUUGGCGAUGGACCAAAAAGUUCUGUUGAGGUGGCGAGAACCAUGAAAGACGGUAUUUGAAGGAAAUGAUGAUAGGAACUCAAAUGUUAAGCAACUUGUUUACGGAAUGUUAACAAGAUAUCUGCGAUUCUUGCCACAAACUCACCAGGGUGGGGUUUGUAUGAGAACUGAAGCAUUUGGAUUGAAACAAAAGCAAACAUGUAACGUGGAGGCCAUUGGUCUUGCAAGUGGUGGUACAGUUCCAGACAGCAGCUUCACAGCCACAUCGUUUUAUGAUGAUAGAUAUAAACCUUUUCGUGGUCGCCUGAAUGCAAAUACCAGGGGUUGGGGACCCAAACAAAGAGAUGAUCCUUAAGACUACUUACAAAUAGACCUUGUGUAUGAGCAUUUUAUCUGCGCUAUAGCUACUCAAGGAAGUAAGGGAUCCAAUGAAUGGACAACCGAGUACAAGAUUCAUUUUUCAUUGGAUGGAGAAAAGUUUUUCGCCUAUAAUGAAACCAGUGUUGAAAAGCUCUUUUCCGGAAAUUCAAAUAGAAACGGUAUUGUGAAAAACAGUCUACAGGAAUUUGUAAGUGCAAAGUUUAUCCGCUUUCAACCAACAAAGAAAAGAGAUUGGAAAGUUCUGAGAGUGGAAGUUUAUGGAAUACUUCUAACUAAAGUUCCUUCAAAACCUCCUACUGCCUUCAAGUUGACGGCAAGUUCUCCUACCAGUAUUAUUGCUUCCUGGCAGUUACCACCAGUAUUUGCUAGACAUGGAAAAAUCGAAGGGUUUAAACUCUUCUACAGAAU